GAUAUAAAGGUCCCCAUGCAGAGGGAUGGUGCCACGCCACAAAGAUCAAGUCCAAGCUGCGACCUGAUUAAGACACAUCAGUACAUCAGUAGUAGUAGCAGCAGCAGCAGCAGCUUUGUUUCCCAGUUAAGCAUGGAUAAGGCCUACAUCGCCGUCCUCUCCUUGGCCUUCCUCUUCCUGGUCCACUACCUCCUUGGCAAGAUCAAUGGCAACAAGCAGAAAACUAGCAAGCUGCAGCUGCCGCCGAGCCCCCCUGCGAUCCCGUUCCUGGGCCACCUCCACCUGGUGGAGACCCCGUUCCACCUAGCUCUCCGCCGCCUGGCCGCGCGCCACGGGCCGGUCUUCUACCUGCGCCUGGGCUCGCGCCGGGCCGUGGUGGUCUCCUCCGCGGCAUGCGCCAGGGAGUGCUUCACGGAGCACGACGUGACAUUCGCCAACCGCCCGCAGUUCCCCUCGCAGCAGCUGGUCUCCUUCGACGGCGCCGGCCUGGCCCAGUCCAGCUACGGCCCACACUGGCGCAACCUCCGCCGCGUGGCCGCCGUGCAGCUGCUCUCGGCCCACCGCGUGGCCUGCAUGUCCGGCGUCAUCUCCGCCGAGGUCCGCGCCAUGGCCCGCAGGCUCUUCCGCGCCUCUGCCUCGGCCCCCGCAAGGGUCCAGCUGAAGCGGAGGCUGUUCGAGCUCUCCCUCAGCGUGCUCAUGGAGACCAUCGCGCGGACCAAGGGGACCCGGCCCGAGGCGGACGCCGACGUGGACAUGUCCGUGGAGGCCCAGGAGUUCAAGAAGCUGGUGGACGAGAUCGUGCCGCACCUCGGCACCGCCAACCUCUGGGAUUACCUGCCUCUGCUGCGCUGGUUCGACGUCAUGGGCGUCAGGAACAAGAUCCUUAAGCUCGUCAGGAGGAGGGAUGUGUUCCUGGGGCGGCUCAUCGACGCCGAGCGCCGGAGGCUGGAUGAAGGUGGUGACGGUGACGACAAGAAGAGCAUGAUCUCCGUUAUGCUCACUCUGCAGAAGACAGAGCCGGAGCUCUACACCGAUACCAUGAUCAAGUCUCUAUGUGCGAACUUAUUCGGGGCCGGAACGGAGACCACUUCAACGACGACGGAAUGGGCGAUGUCGCUGCUGCUGAACCACCCCGAGGUCCUCAAAAAGGCGCAGGCCGAGAUGGACUCGUGCGUCGGGACGUCCCGCCUGGUGUCCUUCGACGACGUGCCCCGCCUCGCCUACCUCCAGUGCGUCCUCAGCGAGACGCUCCGGCUCUACCCGGCGGCGCCGCUGCUGCUCCCGCACCACUCGUCCGCGGACACGAAAGUGGGCGGCUACGACGUCCCCGCGGACACGAUGCUCAUCGUGAACGCGUACGCCAUCCACAGGGAGCCGGCGGGGGCGUGGGGCGAGCGUCCGGAGGAGUUCAGGCCCGAGAGGUUCGAGGACGGCAAAGCCGAGGGGGCUUUUAUGAUUCCAUUCGGGAUGGGCAGGCGCAGGUGUCCCGGGGAGACGCUGGCGCUGCGGACGGUCGGGAUGGUUCUCGCGACGCUGGUUCAGUGCUUUGAUUGGGAACGGGUGGACGGUUUGGAGGUGGACAUGGCGGAGGGAGGCGGGCUUACCAUGCCAAAGGUCGUGCCGUUGGAGGCCGUGUGCACGCCGCGUGGAACCAUGCUUCGUGUGCUUCGAGAGCUCUGAUCAACUUCUUGGCAUCGGUCGUGCGUUGUUGUAUCCAGUGGUAGUAUUUCUUCUCAAAAGAACAAUAGGGAGGAUCGAGGGUCCAGUUAUGCAUGCGUGUCACGGUAUAAUUAAAUAACGGCUUGUUAUUUUAAUCUUCGGCUUGUAGAGGUGAUGGGAAUCGAACAUCCACUUCCUAAGCACUCUGAGGUCAAUAUUACUCGUCAGAAAGUUUACAA